ACCCUCCCUCAAAAGGUCUCCUUCGUCAAGAAGAAAAGCACCACCCUAACAGAUCGACAUAAAACCCCCAUAAGCAAAAGCCCAAAUCUGCAGAGCUCAGAUCUCCAAAUCCUUUCCUUCCCUCGGAAAAACCCUCGCGCGCAGAUGGCUCUGGAGUGGGUGGUCCUCGGGUACGCCGCCGGCGCGGAGGCGAUCAUGGUGCUGCUGCUGACGCUCCCGGGGCUCGACGGCCUCCGGCGGGGGCUCGUCGCCGUGACGCGGAACCUGCUGAAGCCGUUCCUGUCGGUGGUGCCGUUCUGCCUCUUCCUGCUGAUGGACAUCUACUGGAAGUACGAGACCCGGCCCAGCUGCGAGCACGACGCCUCCUGCACCCCGUCGGAGCACCUCCGCCACCAGAAGUCCGUCAUGAAGAGCCAGCGCAACGCCCUCCUCAUCGCCGCCGCCCUCGUCUUCUACUGGCUCCUCUACUCCGUCACCCACCUCGUCGUCCGCAUCGAGCAGCUCAGCCAGCGGCUCGAGCGGCUCAAGGCCCGCGAUUGAUCCCGCCGGCGCCCCGCCCCGCCCCCGCGAGAUGAGUUGAUUUUCCUCAAGAUGGCGUUCCUAGUUUUAUCCGUCGUUUUUUUUUUUUUUUUUUUUUUUUUCCGAUUUUGCUGUCUGAAUACUCUCGAUGAUGUUCGAAUAUUUUCUGGAAUGAUCUCCCGACAUGGAAUCUGAAUAUAAUGUCUGUUGGCGUUUCAUCUGUGUGGAGAUCUUGUAGUGUUGUGGCUAGCUUUCGGUUCGUUGUGUUGGUUAUUGUGGGAUUUGAAGAUGAAGGUGGAGGUAACCUGAGGGUUGGAUUUGGUAACAUCGUCGAUUAGUGUCGGGCGAGGGGGUUGCAUUGACUUGCAGAUUCAUUGUGUGAGUUUCUGGGGUGGUUCGAUUGAAGUGUUAUUGAUGCCUAGGGUUUAUCAGAUCCGGUUUGAGAGGA